AUGGACCUUGACGUGGACGUGGACACGAUCAUGGACGUGGACGUGGACGUGGUGGACGUGGACGUGGUGGACGUGGACGUGGACGUUGUCGUGGACUUGGAUGUGGACGUGGACGUGGUGGUGGACGUGGACGUGGACGUGGACGUGGUGGUGGACGUGGACGUGGACGUGGUGGACGUGGACGUGGUGGACGUGGACGUGGUGGACGUGGACGUGGACGUGGUCGUAGAAGUGGACGUGGACGUGGACGUGGACGUGGUGGUGGAAGUGGACGUGGACGUGGACGUGGACGUGGUCGUGGACGUGGACGUGGUGGACGUGGACGUGGACGUGGACGUGGUGGACGUGGACGUGGACGUGGACGUGGUCGUGGACGUGGACGUGGACGUAGACGUGGACGUGGACAUGGACGAGGACGUGGUCGUGGACUUGGACGUGGUGAACGUGGAUGUGGACGUGGACGUGGAGGACAUGGACGUGGAGGUGGACGUGAACGUGGAGGUGGACGUGGUGGUGGACGUGGUGGACGUGGACGUGGACCUGGACGUGGAGGACGUGGACCUGGACGUGGACGUGGAUGUAGACGUGGACGUAGACGUAGACGUGGACAUGGAGGACGUGGACGUGGAGGACGUGGACGUGGACGUGGUCGACGUGGACGUGGACGUGGAGGACGUGGACGUCGACGUGGACGUGGACGUGGUCGUGGACGUGGACGUGGACGUGGUCGUGGACGUGGACGUGGUCGUGGUCGUGGAUGUGGACGUGGUCGUGGACGUGGACGUGGUCGUGGACGUGGUCGUGGACGUGGUCGUGGUCGUGGACGUGGACGUGGACCUGGACGUGGACGUGGACUUGGACGUGGACGUGGACGUGGACGUGGACCUGGACGUGGAAGUGGGCGUGGACGUGGACGUGGACGUGGACGGGGACGUGGACGUGGACGUGGACGUGGUCGUGGUCAUGGUCGUGGACGUGGACGUGGACGUGGACGUGGACGUGGACUUGGACGUGGACGUGGACGUGGACGUGGAGGUGGAGGUGGACGUGGACGUGGACGUGGUCGACGUGGACGUGGACGUGGACGUGGUCGUGGACGUGGACGUGGUCGUGGACGUGGACGUGGACGUGGAUGUGGACGUGGACGUGGACGUGGACGUGGAAGUGGACAUGGAAGUGGACGUGGACGUGGACGUGGACGUGGAGGACGUGGACGUGGACGUGGAGGACGUGGACGUGGACGUGGACGUGGACCUGGAUGUGGACGUGGACGUGGACGUGGUCGUGGACGUGGUCGUGGACGUGGACGUGGACGUGGACGUGGAGGACGUGGACGUGGACGUGGACGUGGUCGUGGACGUGGACGUGGACGUGGUCGUGGAUGUGGACGUGGACGUGGACCUGGUCGUGGACGUGGACGUGGGCGUGGACGUGGACGUGGACGUGGUCGUGGACGUGGACGUGGACGUGGUCGUGGACGUGGACGUGGACUUGGACGUGGACGUGGACGUGGACGUGGACGUGGUCGUGGACGUGGACAUGGACGUGGACGUGGACGUGGACGUGGUCGUGGACGUGGUCGUGGACGUGGACGUGGACGUGGACGUGGAUGUGGUCGUGGACCACCCUGGAGCGUUGCAAUGCUCUUGCCGACCACCCUAG